AUGGGUCGUCUUGAAGGCAAGAACUGCAUCAUCACUGGAGGCGCUGGCGGUAUCGGUCUCGAGACUGCCAUUCUUUUUGCUCGGGAAGGCGCCAAUGUCCUCCUCUCUGAUAUUUCAGGCCCAGCCCUGGAGAAGGCUUCGGCCAAGCUGAAAGAGAUAGUCCCAGAGGCCAAGAAGGUCGAGACGAAGAUUACCGAUGUUUCCAAGGAGGCCGACGUACAGGCUAUGGUUGAGCACGUGGACUCAUGGGGUGGUCUGGAUGUACUGUUCAACAACGCAGGCAUUAUGCACUCAGACGACGAUGACGCUGUCAACACACCCGAGAAAAUCUGGGACCUGACACAAGCCAUCAACGUCAAGGGUGUCUGGUUCGGCUGCAAGCACGCAGUCAACAGCUUCAGAAAGAACGGCAAGAAGAAGACCAGUGUCAUCAACACCGCCAGCGUUGUCGCAUUAGUCGGUAGCGCAACACCUCAGCUCGCAUACACCGCCAGCAAGGGUGCCGUACUGGCCAUGACACGCGAGUUGGCUAUGGUUCACGCACGUGAGGGCUUCAGGUUCAACGCGCUAUGCCCAGCACCGUUGAACACACCACUCCUGCAAGAUUGGCUUGGUGACGACCAGGCUAAGCGUCACCGUCGCGAAGUCCACUUCCCCACGGGUCGUUUCGGUGAGGCCAUCGAGCAGGCGCAGGGUGUCCUCUUCCUUGCCAGCGAUGAGAGCAGCUUCGUCAACGGCACCGAUUUCGUCAUCGAUGGUGGCAUGACCAGGUGUUACACCACGCCUGACGGACCACCUACUGAGGCGCCCAAGAACAACGCAAAGUAA